AUGGUGGAAUCCACGGUGGUAGGGGGUUUUAUGGGAACUGGAAUCCCCAAGGGGCCCAAGCCAGUGUGGGUAUUGGUGAAACCCCGGGAGGGUCAACCUCUGCUGCAGACGGUGCUUAAACCCGGGCCCCCUUUGGGUCCCAAGCCACUAGUUUCCCCAAACCCGCCCACAGCCCCGUUUCCAUGGGCCCCCCAAUACCUGUUAAAACGACUCAAUUUAAAAAGGAAAGACGAAUCGUAUUUCGCAAGAAGUGAACUGGAAAAGCAGACACAAUACGUGGAAAUUCACGCCGCCGUCUUGGAAUAUCCCGACUGGCAAGGUGAAAGCAUCAAAACCGUGAUUGCGUGUUGCCUUCUUGUGGCCGUUUCCGCCGGUGUAGACCGAAGUAGAAGUGGACAAGGAUCCAACAGAUUCCUUCCUGGAGGCUUGGGUGGCGUCCACGGAGACGGUCUCUUUGGCGGCGGAAUUCAUGGUGUCGGUGUCCAUGGUGGAUUCCACGGUGGUAGUGCUAUUAUCGGAACUGGAAUCUCCAAUGGCCCAAGCCAAUGCAGAUAUUGGUGCAAGACUCCAGAAGGUCAAGCCUACUGCUGCGAGACGGUGCACGAACCAGAGACACCUGUUGGUACCAAGCCACUGGAUUGCCCACAAGUCCGUCCCACAUGCCCACGUUUCCAUGGGCCCCCCAAUACCUGUUCCAACGACUACAAGUGUGCUGGCCUCGAUAAGUGUUGCUUCGACAGGUGUUUGAGAGAACACGUAUGCAAACCUCCCUCAUUUUUCAAUAAUCAUCUCCCUUUUUAAAGGUAGUAACGUCUAAUAAAAAGUCAGUAGUUUUCCGCUUGAUAACGGAAGAUAAGAGAUCUGUGAUGUGUAUAUACCUAUAUGAUAAUAAAUCCUUAUAUGUU